AUGCAGUUCCUGAACACAAUCAUGGCAGAAUCACCGGGCCUCAUCACCAUUUGCCUUUUGGGGUAUCUACUCAGUGCUGAAUGUACAGUUUUUCUUGAUCAUGAAAAUGCCACCAAAAUUCUGAAUCGGGCAAAGAGGUACAAUUCAGGUAAACUGGAAGAGUUUGUUUCAGGGAACCUUGAGAGAGAAUGUAUAGAAGAAAGGUGUAGUUUUGAAGAAGCUCGAGAAGUUUUUGAAAACACUGAAAAAACUACUGAAUUUUGGAAGCAGUAUGUUGAUGGAGAUCAGUGUGAGUCCAAUCCAUGUUUAAAUGGUGGCAGUUGCAAGGAUGACAUUAAUGCAUAUGAAUGUUGGUGUCAAUAUGGAUUUGAAGGAAAGAACUGUGAAUUAGAUUCAACUUGCAGCAUUAAGAAUGGCAGAUGUGAGCAGUUUUGUAGAAAGAAUCGUAAUAACAAGAUUAUCUGCUCCUGUACUGAGGGAUACCGACUUGCGGAAAACCAGAAGUCUUGUGAACCAGCAGUGCCAUUUCCAUGUGGAAGAGUUUCUGUUUCACAUGCUUCUAAGAAAAUCACCCGUGCUACGACAAUUUUUUCCAAUACGGAGUAUGAAAAUUUUACUGAAGCUGAAACCAUUCGGGGUAAUGUCACUCAAGAUGCCCAAUCAUCUGAUGACUUCACUCGGAUUGUUGGUGGAGAAAAUGCAAAACCGGGUCAAUUUCCGUGGCAGGUCCUUCUGAAUGGCAAAGUUGAGGCGUUCUGUGGAGGUUCUAUCAUUAAUGAAAAAUGGGUCGUAACUGCAGCCCACUGUAUCAAACCGGAUGAUAAUAUUACAGUUGUUGCAGGUGAAUAUAACAUUCAGGAGACUGAGAAUACAGAGCAAAAGCGAAAUGUGAUUCGAAUUAUUCCUUACCACAAAUACAAUGCAACUAUCAAUAAGUACAACCAUGACAUUGCCCUUCUGGAACUGGAUAAACCCUUAACGCUAAACAGCUAUGUAACACCUAUUUGCAUUGCCAACAGAGAAUACACAAACAUCUUCCUCAACUUUGGAUCUGGCUAUGUGAGUGGCUGGGGCAGAGUCUUCAACAGAGGGAGACAAGCUUCAAUUCUUCAGUACCUUAGAGUUCCAUUUGUGGACCGAGCCACAUGCCUUCGGUCCACAAAAUUCACCAUCUAUAAUAACAUGUUCUGUGCUGGUUUUGAUGUGGGAGGUAAAGAUUCAUGUGAAGGAGACAGUGGAGGGCCCCAUGUGACAGAAGUGGAAGGAACCAGUUUCUUAACUGGAAUUAUUAGCUGGGGUGAAGAAUGUGCAAUUAAAGGGAAAUAUGGAGUAUAUACCAGGGUAUCCUGGUAUGUCAACUGGAUUAAGGAAAAAACAAAGCUCACUUAA